AUGUCCGCUGAAGAACAACCGCAGGAAGGAUACGUGGGACUUAUUUCCAGCGACGGACACGAGUUCUGGAUCACCAAGGAGGCGGCCUGUGUCUCCAAGGUGCUCAAACCCAUGGUUCAGGGAGACGGACAUUUUCGAGAAACACUGGACAAUAAGAUCCCACUACAGGACAUUCCCCAUGACGUGGCAGAAAAGCUGUGCGAGUAUCUGUACUACAGCUUGAAAUAUAAAGAUCAGGUGAGCGAUAUUCCCGAGUUUGAAAUCCCCCCGGAGAUGGCUUUGGAGCUGUUGGUGGCGGCGGACUAUUUGGAUGUCUAA